UUUCCUGCCUGUUUUUACCAUACUUCACGCCAAGCAGCCAAGUUCCAGCCCGAUUAGGGUUAGGGUUAUGGUUUCUUUCGCCUCUCCGACGGCCGGCGAUGAUCCGGCGUCUCGCCACUCACACUUUGUCUAUCGCUUCUACCUCCAGAUUGACAAAAAAAAUUCAGAAUCCUAUUUUGAGUAAUGGGAUCGGGAUCUUUGCAGAAGUACAGUUUAAAUUCGUAUUGGUGCAUUGCCAUUUUCGAUUAAUUACAACACAAGUUUCUGCUACUGAGGAGAAUGUGAUAAAGUCCUUAGUACACUUUGUUAGUUCUGCAAAUGAUGAAACCGUUUCUAGGAAGAAGUUGUAUAGUAGUUACAUUGAGAAGCUUUGUGAAUCAGGCAACAUUGCAGAUGCGGUUCUUGUGUUGAAACAUUUGCGUGAUAGGAAUAUCCAUGUUGAUAUUAACUCGUAUAAUAUUGUUCUUGCCACGUUAUGCAAAGAUGAUCAAUUUGAUGUUUUCUCUGAGAUCUUCAGGACCUUACUGCUUUCUAGACUACCUCCUGAUUCAACCUCUUAUGACAGUGUUGCAAAGGCUCUCUGCAAGGCUUCCGAGCCUGAUUUGCUAAAGUUUAUCGGGGAAGUAGCUGAAAUAACAUUUAAUAGGGAUCCGACUGUAAUAAACAGGAUAAUUUUCGUUGCUGCUGAAUCUGGUCAGAUUACUAAAAGCACUAAGAUUUUUGAGGUGAUGAAAAAUCUCAACUUAAAGAUGGACACAGUCACAUUCAACACUGUUCUUGCUUGUUUAGGCAGAGCUGGCCAGGUUGAUAAAAUGCUAGCGGAGUUUUCAUCAAUGAAAGAUCUCGGAUACAUUCCAGAUGCCAUAACAUAUAACACAUUAGUCAACUGUCUUCGAAGACUUGGUAGAUUGGAAUUGUGCAAGUUGUUUGCACAGGAGAUGUUAGACAAAGGAUUUGAGAUGGACUUGCAAACUUAUACUGCACUUAUUGAUGUUCUUGGAAGAGCCGGGCAUGUUAGAGAUGCAAUGAGGAUGUUUGAUGAGUUAAAGAAGUUGCAUAAUCCUUCAAUAUAUGUUUAUCGGUCACUGAUUAGCAAUCUGAAGAAGGCCGGUAAGUUUGAUAUAGCAUUGGAUUUAUGGGAAGAGAUGAACUCUCCCAAUUCUAAGCUUAUUGGUCCAAAAGAUUUCAAGGAAAAGAAGAAAUGGAAAAGGAAUAGAUAAUGUUAUGCAAAUCUUUUAACAAGAGAACUCAUUCACCAGAAUCUGAAGAUGAUUAAGCCAGUUAUGUAGCACAGCACCAUGUCACCGGAGGUGGUUGUUACCGUUAGGUCAAGAUGGUUCAUCGCGAAAGCAUUUGGAUAGAAAUUAGAGCUACAUUGUAUGUAAGCGAAAAACUUAUGCAGGAACAGCUGGUCAGAUAUGAAUGGCGGUUACGCAUAUUAUCCGUGAUUGAUCAUCUCUUCCGAGCGAGAACCUCGACAAUUUGUGAUGGAGCUUGUCAAAAGUUAUGGGAAUGCUUCAAAAAUUUUCAUGAGCUCUCUAGAGAACAAAAUGACACUGAAAAUGUGCCAAUCCAGCUGGGUAGGAAAAUUACAUUCUUUAUUAAUGCAGUGUUUGUAAGCAGUUAUGUUAGAAAGCAAAGCAAAGCUCUUUCUAUUUGUUUCAAUUGUGAGAACAAUUUCCAUCUGAUUUUGGCUUGCUCAAACUUGUUAUGAUUAAAUGAAAGUUUUCAAUUACUUUA